ACCGAGUCCAUCGAGUUACCAGAUAUCAACAGUGAAUAUAGUGAUAGUGAAGAUGAAACACCAAAGAAUUAUGAACUCCCUAGAUGGGCGGAAUCACCAAAUCUUAAAGCACAAUUACAGAUGCAGUCGACUAUCAAUCCAGAUGAGGUUUUCGGUAUGAUGAGACCACUCUCAAUGGAUGAUAUUUUCGGUGUUGGCCAAGCUACGAAUCCAAACAGACACAAAUUUAGAGCUAGAACUAGUUCUGCUAAUUGGAGUGGAGCUGAUAAGCUCACACCAGCUGAGGAACUCGCGUAUGCCGAAAGGAUGGGUUUC